AUGAAUAACAUUUUGAAGACUGUGUCUCUCUCUCUCGUCAAUCAUUGCCUCCUUAAUCACUCUUGUCAAUCUUUGCCUCUCCCCUCCCCCUCUCGUCAAUUAUUCAGUCACCCCUUUUGUCAGUUAUUCAGUCCUUCCCUCUCUCUCUCGUCAGUUAUUCAGUCCUUCCCUCUCUCUCUCUCGUCAGUUAUUCAGUCCUUCCCUCUCUCUCGUCAGUUAUUCAGUCCUUCCCUCUCUCUCGUCAGUUAUUCAGUCCUUCCCUCUCUCUCGUCAGUUAUUCAGUCCGUCCCUCUCUCUCGUCAGUUAUUCAGUCCUCUCCCCAGUUAUUCAGUCUCCCUCUCUCUCGUCAGUUAUUCAGUCUCCCCCGCUCUCUCGUCAGUUAUUCAGUCCCCCCUCUCUCGUCAGUUAUUCAGCUCUCUCGUCAGUUAUUCAGUCUCCCCGCUCUCUCGUCAGUUAUUCAGUCUCCCCCGCUCUCUCGUCAGUUAUUCAGUCUCCCCCUCUCUCGUCAGUUAUUCAGUCUCCCCCGCUCUCUCGUCAGUUAUUCAGUCUCCCCCGCUCUCUCGUCAGUUAUUCAGUCUCCCCCUCUCUCGUCAGUUAUUCAGUCUCCCCCGCUCUCUCAUCAGUUAUUCAGUCUCCCCGCUCUCUCUCGUCGAUUCAGCUCUCCCCGCUCUCUCGUCGAUCUUUUACUCCCCCUCGCUCUCUCGUCGAUCUUUUACUCCCCUCGCUCUCUCGUCGAUCUUUUACUCCCCCCUCUCUCGUGAUCUUUUUACUCCCCCCCGCUCUCUGUCCGAUCUUUUUACUCCCCCGCUCUCUGUAAUGGAAAUCUAUAAAAAUUCUGUUUUUAUAUUUGGAUGGACAUAUUAUAUAUUUGCAGGUUAA